AGAUCACUCAAAUGAUUCAUAUUCCUCUACUUGAAUUUGCGGCCCAAAUUCUUCAAGCAGCAGAUAUUUCCAUAUAGAUAUUUUUCAUGCACAUGAUCAGCCAGUUAAGCUGUUUGUCUACCACUUCAAAGUGAGAAAUAAAGAAGGAAAUUAAAUGGGGUGGAGUUCAGCUCCUCCUGUGUUUUCAGCUUGGCCGGUUUACAAGCAGCAUUAUCGGGGGCGGCCGCCAGUAUCCAGUGUCCCUCAGCUACACUUAUCUAGAUGCAAGUUUGAUCCUGGGAGACAUUGGAUAUCUUUUCCAAAGGGCAAAACCAAUAAAUUCGAAGUAUCUUGUAGCCAAGUCGAAGUCGAAGAGAGCUUAAGCGAUGAAGCUUGUGAACUCGUGAAUGGGACAGAACUUAUAAUCGGAGAAGGAGAUGAAAGUAUAAGUGCACAUCUUUUCCAAGCAGUGAAGAACAAUAAUGCAACUGGAAUAUUGUUACUGUCUGAUAUUUAUGGGUUUGAAGAAUCGUCCACUAAAGAUUUUGCGUAUCGCGUUGCUUGCAAUGGCUACAAUGUUCUAGUUCCAGAUUUGUUUCAUGGCGAUCCAUGGACAAAAGACAAGCCUAUGUCAUAUAUCGAACAGUGGCUUGCCAAGCAAAACCGACAACGAGUAGCAAAAGAUGUAUUUGCAUCAGCUAAAUGGAUGAUGAAUGAAUUUGCAGCUGUCGGAAUCUCAAAGAAGCUUGGAAUCAUCGGGUUUUGCUUUGGGGGCGGUCGAGUUGUAGAUAUUCUAAGCCAUGACCAGGAUACGUGUUUUGGUGUGGGGGUAUCGUUUUAUGGUACGAGGAUUGAAUCAUCUGCUGCUAGCAAUAUAAAGGUGCCUUUAUUACUAAUUGCAGGAGACAGUGACCCCCUUUGUCCUAUCGAUGUUUUAGAAGAUAUCGAAAAGAGGAAUAAGGAAUCGAAAAUGGUGGUUUUUAGGGGAAGGGAUCAUGGUUUUGCUCAUAGGCCUCAGACUCCUGAAGAAGAUGAAGAUGCAGAAGAGGCUUUCAAGAUCAUGAGAGAUUGGCUGCAUGAUGGCUUGUUGGUGCAAAAUUGAGAUGUACACAAUUGGCACAUUCAGUAAAAUGGAUUGAAAGUGCUGGAUAGUAUUAUGAAAGAAAGAGAAGUUAAUAUUUAAUUCACGUUCUAUUUCUUACUUUGUACUAAGCAUGUGCAACAUAAUUAUGACUAGAAUGUUUAUGUUCUUUGGUUUUUGUGCACU